AUGGUGGCCGUGGACUCUCGUGCCACGGCCGGUUCCUACAUCGCAUCUCAGACGGUUCAGAAGGUGAUUGAGAUCAACCCCUAUCUCCUGGGGACCAUGGCUGGUGGAGCGGCCGACUGUAGCUUCUGGGAGAGGUUGUUGGCUCGUCAAUGUCGAGUCUACGAGCUGAGGAACAAGGAACCCAUCUCGGUGGCCGCGGCUUCUAAGUUGUUGGCCAACAUGGUGUAUCAGUACAAAGGGAUGGGCUUGAGUAUGGGCACCAUGAUCUGCGGGUGGGACAAGAGGGGACCAG